GUACCCGUGGACAAUGAUCGAGGUCCUCUUUCUUCUCGAGGUUGUGGCACAUUUUCCGCCAGCCGAACAUGGAUGGACGUUCAUCGCAGAAGCCUACAACAACAUCCUAAUCACGCGGCCGCUGCAAGAGUGGUUCGGCAAGCAGGCGACCGCGAGCAACGAGGAGGAGGCAAAGAUGAAGAACGUCCUGCAGAAGAUGCACGCAGAGGCGCGGCAGCUGCGCGCGCGCCGCGCACAGGAAGCGGCCGCACAGAGCGCGGGGGCAGGGAGUGGCGAGCGCGGUAAGGCGGCACCCUUUGGGAGCGCGGAAGCGCAAGCUGAAGCUAACGCGCGAGCAAAGCAGCCAGCGACCGCAGGCUUGGGUGCGCUGGACAAGGACGCGCUUAUCGUCACAAGGCUACCAGCUCUCUUCCCCCCACCAGCAGGUGGCGUCGCGCACGCCGCGGACAAUCCCGCCACCCCUCCGCCCGCACAGCGCGUCGUCACAUUUCCCCGCCGCCGCCCGCCUCUGAGCCUGCUGUCGGAAGACGCAAAGUCUUUUGCGCGUGUCAUGGCUUCCGCAGUCGCGGGCGUACGGCCGCCGUCCGCAGAGUCGCGCGCCGCGAUGCUCGCGCUGUACUCCGCCACGAAGGCGCGGUUCCCUGUGCGCACAGCGUGGGACUGCUGGCACCGGUGGUGCACGCCGUGGGUCGUGCAGGAUCCUGGCCCGUCGACGCCUUUUCCGCUCCCGCCUGUCGUCCUCGACUACAUCGCCGGGAACAUAUGUCUGCCCGCAGGGACAUGGAUCACACAAGCGCGAGACUUCGUAUAUCGACCUGUCCCCGGGACGUAUCCGGACGUACCGGGCGUCCAGCGUAGGGUCACGGCGGGAUAUGACCCGAGACUGGGGAUGGUCACCUUCGCGCGCAUGACCCAUCUGCUUGCGGAGCGGACGUGGGCGGGGAUGGGGUUGAAGAGACGCCCGGAUGGGACGGUGACGGAGGAGAUUCUGGUUGGUCGGAGGGCGAAGCUGCCCGGGACACUGGCUGGUAUAUGGCCGGGAAGAUCUCCCGGAAAGGCUGGAGCGAAAGCCCAGUCUGCCACCACUCAGCCUGCCCCCGCUCAACCUGCCGCCGCGCAGCCCGCCGUCGCACAACCCCCUCCGAACCAGGCGGCCUCUCCUGAGCCUACCCACGGCGCAUCGACGCCAGACACUGCCGGCAAGAAAGUCCGCUUCGCACCACUGCCCGCAAAGCCUUCGAAGGCCGCGCCCGCCGCCUCGGCGUCCACCACCCCCAACACGACCACAAACCCACGCCCGCCCUUUCUGCCCCUGCCCCUGCCGCGCCCGCGCCCCCCAACCGAGUCCCCGCACGUGCCAGAAGGCACGUUCGGGCACCCCUCGCACCCGGGGAUGGCGGCGUGGUUCGAGCGCGCCACAAUACGCGCGGACGUGCUCGAGCGCGUGCUGGAUCUGGAGCACGAGCGGGAGAAGUUCGACCGUGCUCUGGAGGGCUUCCCCGCCGAUGCGCUGGAGCAGAAGUCGAGGGACGAGGGAGAUGGAGGGCGGGGAAGGAGGGUCCCUCUGCAUCUGCGAACGCUGAAUAUCCCGCCGCCGCCUGUGCAUGUGAGUGGCCAGCCGUGGCUGCAGCUCGCUUCGGCGGCUUCGUUGGUUAGUUAAUGUGUGGAGAGGACGAGUCUAGUCGGAAC